GUUCUCCGCACCUUACUACCUAUCCAUCCUUCCCCUUCGCGCCGAUAAACCAACCGUGUGACAUACUCGCCAAUCACAUUUUUUUUCUUCUACAAACCGGGCCCCGUGAAAUGAGUGCACAGCUCUCAAGUUUCCGGUAAUCAGCAGCUCGACAGAAAACCCUUAAACCCAGAUAAAGGCGAAAUACCUACGGGCGUCAACAAUGAAGGACUCGCGCGCGAGCAAGAGGAGAAGGGUGUCGAAUGUACAGGCCGUGGAUGAAGAUGGAGAUGUGGAAAUGUGCGAUGAUACUAUCAAUGCUCCGACAGACCAGUCGCAACCUACGCCAGAUAAGAAUUCCAAGGCAGUGACCGAAGCGGAGGAGGCGCACCCGGUUGACGAGCAACCAAGAUCACCGCCAGUUUCUGCGCGAUCGAAACGCCGACGAUCCUCCCAAGGUGCUCCAGCGGUGGAGGAUGACAACGCCCACAACAACAAAGCUGAAGAGACGGUUGCAAUAGAGACCCCGUCGCGAGCUGGAGUACGGUCAAGUGGUCGGCAGCGAAAAGUGCCCAAACGUUAUGGAGACGAGAUCGUGGAGACGCCAUCGGGCAAGGGCGCGGCGGCCUCGACGCCGAGGCAGAAUGGAUCCACAACUAAGAGUGCCCGGAGAGCGAAAUACGUGUCGGCGUCAGAAGAUGACGGUGUUGGGGAUCAGGAGGAGGAGGAGGAGGUCGAAGAGUCUCCGGAGCCGCAGAAGCGGCGCACUCGAUCCACCAGAGCGAAGAAGCCUUCGGUGCGGUUUGAUACCUCGGACGUGAAAGGGGCUUCAGCGAAAGGCAGGGAGGAGUCCCGAGAGUCCUCGAACCCAGAUGACUACCAGGAUGGACUGGAAGACCUCGUUUCAAUGCAAUUGCAGGAGGAUCUUACCAAUAGUGACUCGAUCCAAGUCGAUCAGACGGCUGCGAAGGAAGGUCCGCUUCCUGCGUAUGCCGAACAGUUCCAGUCUAUCGUCCAAACGGGCUUGACGGAAGAAUUACGAUUUCUUACCCAGGUUGUCCUCGAAAAGUUGAACGGGAAAAAGAGGGUGCCUCUCAAGGGGCUGGAGACAGAAUUCGACAAGGUCAACCAGCUCGUUGAGCAGACGGUCUCGAUCGGCGAGAGUAACUCGAUGCUGCUUCUCGGCUCGCGCGGCAGCGGGAAGACGGCCAUUCUUGAGACGAUCAUCGCGACGCUGAGGAGGUCGCAUAAGAACGAUUUCCACGUCGUCCGACUCAACGGCUUUCUACACACGGACGACCGACUGGCGCUCCGGGAGAUGUGGCGCCAGCUUGGUCGCGAGACGAACACCGAGGAUGAAGCCGGCAAGGUCAGUAGCUAUGCCGAUACGAUGGCCACUCUGUUGGCGCUCCUAUCCCAUCACGAGGAGCUCUUUGGCCCUUCAUCAGACCCCGAAAACGCGACUUCCGCCAAGUCGAUCGUCAUCAUCCUGGACGAGUUCGAUCUCUUCGUGACACACCCUCGCCAGACGCUUCUGUACAAUCUGUUCGACAUUGCGCAAGCGCGCAAGGCCCCCAUCGCGGUCCUGGGACUCACCACCAAGGUGGAAGUGACAGAGAUGCUGGAAAAGCGCGUCAAGAGUCGCUUCAGUCAUCGUUACGUCUACGUACCUCUUCCACGAAGCCUCGAGGUAUUCUCCGACAUCUGUUUCGCGGGUCUCAACCUCGAGGAUGACGAGGUCUCGGACCUGCUGGAAGACGCGGAUCCUGCUGAGCAAGCGAUUCUCAAGUCCGAGGGCUGGAGAAGACUCCUCGCAGCAUGGAGGGCGUAUCUACAGAACCUAUGGACCGACGAAGCAUUCUCCGCUCACCUACGACGGAUCUACUACCAAACCCGAUCCGUGAAGGAGUUCUUCACCAGCGCCCUGGUGGCCAUCAGCGAACUGCACCAUAGCACCUACACCACCACCACCACCAACGGUGGCGGCAACAACUCCCAGCUCACCAUCCCCACCGCCACCACGUUCACCAGUCACCCGCUCGCCUGCCCCGAUCCAGCCCCGCUACCCUUCGCCCCCACGAUCACCGCCUCCGCGAGCCCAUCCUCUCUCCCGCUCUCCCUCCUUCUCGCCGCUACCCGCCUCGCCGCGCUCUACGAUCCAGGCCUCGAGAGCGUCCAGACCCCAUCCGGAUCCGGAUCCGGGCCCCUGGCCCUCUCCUUCCCCGCCGCCUACGCCGAGUACGUGCGCCUGCUCACCUCGGCCAAGACCUCGGCCUCGGUGUCCGGCGCGGCCGUCACCCCCGGCCGCGUCUGGGGCCGGGAUGUCGCCCGCGAGGCGUGGGAGAAACUCGUCAGCUGGGGCCUCAUCAGCCCCGUCGGCAGCGGCAGCGGCACGACGGAUGCGCGCAUGUUCCGGGUGGAAAUCAGCUUCGACGAGGUGGUCGAGAUGGCUGGCACGGGCGGGUCGUUGGGUCGCUGGUGGCGCGAUGGGUAGACUUCUCUUUCUCCCGGUUGUUUCUAUCCGUUCUCUUCUUUUUUUCUGUUCUUUGGCCCGAAGAAAAGAUAUCAUUCAAUACCCGACUAGCAUUGAGAUUUGUUGAGAAUAUCGGUAAUUAGAAUUAAUAGAUAGGAACACCCCGGGGUUCACUGGAUCUAGUCUCCUUCUAGCAAGCUACAUACAGACACACUGCAUACAUGGGUUUAGGUCGAGAGUGGGAUCUUUUGUUCUUUUGUCAGUCGUUUUGUCGGUUGGUCGGCCAGGCUGGUCCACGCCAGGCUAGUCGUUCAGUCAGCCAGUCGGCUAGCCUGCAUACAGACUCAAACUGAA